UCAGAACACUCUCAGAAAAUGACAGUACCUCUUUACCACCUGCUGACUCCUGCACCAGUCCUACUAAAAUGGAUUUGUCAUUCAGUAAGACUGCCAAACAGUGCCUAGAGGAGAUAUCUGGGGAAGACCCUGAAACAAGAAGAAUGAGAACUGUAAAGAACAUAGCAGACCUGAGACAAAAUUUGGAAGAAACUAUGUCCAGCCUUAGAGGGACCCAGAUAAGCCACAGCACAUUGGAGACAACUUUUGACAGCACUGUGACAACUGAGGUGAACGGGAGAAGCAUACCAAGCUUGACAAGCCGGUCCACCCCAGUGACUUGGAGGCUAGGGCAGGCCAGUCCUCGGCUGCAGGCAGGAGAUGCCCCGUCCUUGGGCGCUGGUUAUCCUCGCAGCAGCACGAGUCGCUUCAUGCACACAGACCCUUCUCGAUUCAUGUACACCACUCCGCUUCGCCGAGCAGCUGUUUCUCGCCUUGGAAAUAUCUCACAGAUCGACAUGAGUGAGAAGGGAAGUGGUGAUUUGGACAUGUCCUCUGAAGUUGACGUUGGUGGCUACAUGAGUGAUGGGGACAUUCUUGGGAAAAGCCUCAGAACUGAUGACAUCAACAGUGGGUACAUGACAGAUGGGGGACUCAACCUAUAUACCAGAAGUCUGAACCGAAUACCAGACCUAGCUGCCUCUCGAGACGUCAUUCAGAGAGGGGUUCAUGACGUGACUGUGGAUGCAGACAGCUGGGAUGACAGCAGCUCCGUUAGUAGUGGCCUCAGUGACACUCUUGACAACCUCAGCACGGAUGAUUUGAAUACCACCUCAUCUGUCAGCUCUUAUUCCAAUAUAACUGCCUCUUCAAGGAAAAACACUCAUCUGAAGACGGACUCCGAGAAGCGCUCGGUUACAGACAGCGAGACUUGGGGCAGCACUGAAGAACUGAAGAAACCAGAGGAAGACUUUGACAGCAGCGUAGACAGCAGUGGCAAGUGGAAAGGCCUUCCCUCGGGGCUGUCUGAAGAGUCGGAGAAGGGAGGGCAGAAAGCAUCUCUCUCUCUUUCACAGACCGGAUCCUGGAGGAGAGGCAUGACUGCACAAGUAGGAACAACUCAGUCCAGGCACAAAGCAGGAACAAGUGCACUCAAGACCCCGGGAAAAACAGAUGAUGCAAAAGCUUCAGAAAAAGUGAAAACUCCCCUAAAAGGAGCCUCCAUUCAGCGCUCUCCAUCAGAUGCAGGAAAAAGCAGUGGCGAUGAAGGAAAAAAGCCUCCCUCUGGCAUUGGGAGAUCAACUGCUACGGGGUCCUUUGGAUUCAAGAAGUCCGGGAUGGGAUCUUCUACCAUAAUCACCACAAGUGGAGCGACCAUCACAAGCGGGUCGGCAACUCUGGGAAAAAUGCCAAAAUCUUCAGCCAUCGGUGGGAAGUCCAACGCAGGGCGGAAAACGAGCUUGGACGGUUCCCAGAACCAGGAUGACGGCGUCCUGCACGUGAACUCAAAAACGACUCUCCAGUAUCGAAGUUUGCCUCGCCCGUCAAAAUCCAGCGGCAGCGGGAUCCCCGGCCGGGGCGGCCCCCGCUCCAGCACCGCAAGCAUCGACUCGAACGUCAGCAGCAAGUCUGCGGGUGCUGCUGCCACCAAACUGCGAGAGCCAAGCAAGAUCGGGUCUGGACGAUCCAGCCCUGUCACCAUCAACCAGACGGACAAGGAAAAAGAGAAAGUGGCCGUGUCCGAUUCUGAGAGCGUCUCGCUGUCCAGUUCCCCCAAAUCCAGCCCAACUUCAGCGAGCGCUUCUGGCACGCCGGGACUUAGGCAGCCAGGAUCCAAAUACCCAGAUAUCGCCUCCCCCACCUUUCGAAGGUUGUUUGGUGCCAAGGCAAGUGGUAAAGCUGCCUCUGCACCCAGUACUGAAGGUGUGAAACCCACAUCGGCAAUGCCCAGCCCUAGUACCACAUUGGCACGGCAAGGCAGCCUGGAGUCGCCGUCCUCGGGCACAGGCAGCAUGGGCAGUGCAGGUGGGCAAAGUGGUAGCAGCAGCCCCCUCUUCAGUAAACCUUCGGACUUAAAUGCAGAUGUUGUAAGCUUAAGUCACUCCUUGGCUUCCAGUCCCGCCUCAGUGCACUCUUUCACAUCAGGUGGUCUUGUGUGGGCUGCAAACCUGAGCAGCUCUUCAGCGGGCAGUAAGGACACACCAAGUUACCAGUCCAUGACUAGCCUUCACACCAGUUCCGAGUCUAUUGACCUUCCUCUUAGCCAUCAUGGCUCUCUCUCUGGACUGACAACAAGCACGCAGGAGGUUCAGAGCCUGCUCAUGAGGACUGGAAGCGUCAGAUCUACUCUUUCGGAAAGCAUGCAGCUUGACAGAAAUACACUACCCAAAAAGGGAUUAAGAUAUACUCCAUCAUCCCGGCAGACGAGUCAGGAGGAAGGCAAGGAAUGGCUGCGCUCCCAUUCAACUGGAGGCCUGCAAGACACUGGCAGUCAGUCCCCGCUUGUUUCUCCUUCAGCUAUGUCUUCAUCUGCAACUGGAAAAUAUCACUUUUCCAACCUGGUGAGUCCGACCAACCUAUCUCAAUUUAACCUUCCUGGACCCAGUAUGAUGCGUUCAAACAGCAUCCCUGCACAAGACACUUCUUUUGAUCUGUAUGAUGACUCCCAACUGUGUGGCAGUGCUACAUCCUUAGAAGAGAGACCACGAGCCAUUAGUCAUUCAGGUUCAUUCAGGGACAGCAUGGAAGAAGUACAUGGGUCCUCAUUAUCACUUGUCUCCAGCACAUCCUCUCUCUACUCUACGGCAGAAGAAAAGGCACAUUCAGAGCAAAUUCAGAAACUACGGAGAGAGCUGGUUGCAUCACAAGAGAAAGUUGCUACCCUUACUUCUCAACUUUCGGCAAAUGCUCAUCUAGUAGCAGCUUUCGAAAAAAGCUUGGGAAAUAUGACCGGCCGAUUGCAAAGUCUAACAAUGACAGCUGAACAAAAGGAAUCUGAGCUUAUAGAGCUAAGGGAGACCAUUGAAAUGCUGAAAGCCCAGAAUUCUGCUGCACAAGCUGCUAUUCAAGGAGCCUUGAACGGUCCCGAUCAUACCCACAAAGAUUUACGUAUAAGGCGGCAACAUUCUUCAGAAAGCGUUUCCAGCAUCAACAGCGCUACAAGCCAUUCAAGCAUUGGCAGUGGUAAUGAUGCUGACUCCAAGAAAAAGAAAAAGAAAAACUGGGUGAACUCUAGAGGAAGUGAGCUAAGAAGCUCUUUCAAACAGGCCUUUGGAAAGAAGAAGUCCACCAAGCCUCCUUCCUCCCAUUCGGACAUAGAAGAGCUGACAGACUCCUCUCUUCCUUCGUCACCCAAAUUGCCGCACAGCUCAGGAGAGUGUGGGGCAACAUCAAUGAAACCAUCACAGUCGGCAUCUGCGAUCUGUGAGUGCACAGAGGCAGAGGCUGAAAUUAUUCUUCAGCUAAAGAGCGAGCUGAGGGAGAAAGAGCUAAAAUUAACGGACAUUCGUCUUGAAGCCCUCAGCUCUGCACACCAUCUGGAUCAGAUUCGGGAAGCCAUGAACCGCAUGCAGAAUGAAAUUGAGAUAUUGAAAGCUGAAAAUGACCGUUUAAAGGCAGAGACUGGAAAUACUGGAAAGCCUGCCCGGCCGUCAUCAGAGUCUUCAAGCAGCACAUCAUCUUCUUCAUCACGGCAGUCACUAGGACUUUCUCUGAACAACUUAAACAUCACAGAAUCUGUUACAUCAGAUAUUUUGUUGGAUGAUGUCACUGAUGGAGCACUCCACAAAGAAGGUCAUAGCGUGAAAAUUUUAGUCACUAUAAACAAGGGCUAUAGUCGAGCCAAGGAUCAAAAACCACAUGCAUAUCUGAUAGGAUCAAUUGGAGUGAGCGGAAAAACAAAAUGGGAUGUUUUAGACAGUGUAAUAAGACGUCUCUUUAAGGAAUAUAUUUUCCGAGUGGAUCCGACUACUAGCCUGGGUUUAAGCUCUGACUGCAUUGCUAGCUAUUGUAUAGGGGAUGUAAUUAGAGCCCAUAGCCUAGAAGUGCCUGAACUGCUGCCUUGUGGAUAUCUGGUUGGAGAUAAUAACGUCAUCACUGUGAACCUGAAAGGAGUGGAAGAAAACAGUUUGGACAGUUUUGUGUUUGACACAUUAAUUCCUAAGCCAAUUACCCAGAGGUACUUUAAUUUACUGAUGGAGCAUCGCAGAAUUAUUCUGUCGGGACCCAGUGGCACAGGAAAGACCUAUUUAGCUAACAGGCUGGCUGAAUAUAUUAUAACCAAAUCUGGCAGAAAAAAAACUGAGGAUGCAAUUGCAACUUUUAACGUAGAUCACAAGUCAAGCAAG